AUGUCCAGCAAACUGGAGACCAGAGUAGAGUCGUCAUCGCCGGCCACGGCCAACGCCUCACCCGCAAUCAUACACUUCUCUUUCUCCUCCUCCGCUUCAGUCUCUAACUGUACAUCACGCGACCCUGCUGGCGAGAAGACAGAUCAGCCGCAUUCCUCUUUAAAGCUGCAUAUUUUGCAAAAUUGCCCUAAACCCACAGGGAUGACAACCGUGUUGGCUGAUAUCAGCUUGACUGCCAGCUGGGUCGAGCCGACGGCAUAG